UUCCCAAGAAAAAAUGGAGGUGCCCAUCACUAGCACAUAUAGAACACUGGGACCAGAAUUUAAGCAUGCAUCCACACCCAGCAGCCAAUCAGAAUCGAGCAUUCAUCCAGAUAAUUUAAAGUGCAGAGACACAAUGCUUGCUUCUUAUGGCUGUACAUCAGCAUCUUUUUUUUUUUGGUGUAAUACAGCAGACAUAAAAGUGUUCAUAUUUCUGCUUCUCUUACUGUUGAUGUGUUUUGUGCUCACAAACUACACUUCUAAUUUAACACUUUGUACAUUUAAAGUAUAUGCACAAGCUAAAUGCCAGUUUUUCAGCAAAAUUGGCUGGUGGGCACCCAGUGGCAUUUGUAAUCAAGAGGUGGCAGUUGCAUUUUAUAUGCUGAGUGGCGGCAGCUGAGGUUUAAGCAAGUUACAGUGACCAGGUGAUUUUUUUUACUUCAGACUACCUUGGAACAUUUGGAGGUGGCAUGGUGGCAGUCCAGGGGCAGGCAGGUGGCAGGAAAACAGCUGCGUGAUAAUUGACUGAUAGAAGGGUCUCCAAGGUCCCCCAAAUCGUCUGAUAAUCAGCCAAUUUCAGACUUAUGAGUAGGAAAAGAGUAUUUAAUAAAUAAUGUUUUAUUUUGUGUCCCAAACGUAAUAUAUGAUCAUAUAUAUGGAUAUAGUUUACUCUGUAAGGCUUAAGACAAUCAUGGAUGUAUGGAACCUUUCACAGUAAAUGUCCCUCAGUGAAGCAAAAGCUGUUCAAAUCAUUUCAACACAAAGAUAUUUCAAUAUUUCAAAAUGAAAAUUAUAUUCAAAAGCUUCUUCUUUGGUCACACAAAUUCCUUCUGUCUUUUUUUUUUUUUUUUUUUUUUUUGUCUUUGAUUUACUCCACAGACCCGCCUGCCUGACAGAGAACAGCUGCGGUGUCCGGGAGCCCGUGAACGCCCUCUAACAGACAGCUGCAUGGGAUUCAGGGAGGGGACUCCCCCAGCACCCUGAUCCAGUCCUGUCUGCUUCUACAGCCGGGAUGGAGCGUCUGCGGUGAAGCCGCUGCAUCAGCUGCUUACCGGAGCUCCGCGGGAUUCUGACAAACUCUCCCUCUGUGACGGCACGUGCGACCUCACGUGGGCUCAACACGGCCCGUUAUUCCCGUCUCUUCAAGUCCGAGAAUGAGGGGGCUGUUAGGAUUUCGGGAGGGAUCUUUCCCUGUGUUUUGAUCGUCUUCCACAAACUCAGCACAAUGCGAACCCCAGAUCUACCUGAACGAGCUCCGCGUGCCACCGCCGCUCGCGCGCCACGCGGCGCGGACCAACACUAGCCGUUUCACCCAGGAAGCAGCACCGGGCUGGAGCAUGUUCCUCCAGUGGGUCCCGGUGAGUCUUUUCCUGGGCUUCAUGUCCCCGCAGACGUGGAGCGUGGAGGCUUCCCGGGAAAACCCUGCAAAUACGCUGGAAGCGCGCGGCUCUCAGCCGCACAUCGUUUUCAUUCUGGUGGAUGAUCAGGGCUUCCGGGAUGUGGGCUACCACGGCUCUGAGAUCAAAACCCCGACCCUGGACCGGCUGGCGGAGCAGGGAGUCAAACUGGAGAACUACUAUGUGCAGCCGCUCUGCAGUCCGUCCAGGAGCCAGCUGUUGACCGGCAGAUAUCAGAUUCAUACUGGUCUUCAACACUUUGUUAUUCGUGCUACUCAGCCCAACUGUCUUCCACUGGAAAAUAUCACUCUUCCCCAGAAGCUUAGAGAUGCCGGCUACUCCACCUACAUGGUAGGGAAGUGGCAUCUGGGCUUUUAUAAACGUGGCUGUCUUCCUACUCAGCGAGGAUUUGACUCUUUCUUUGGCUCCCUACUCGGCAGCGGUGAUUACUAUAGUCACUAUAAAUGUGAAGUGCCUGGUAUGUGUGGAUAUGAUCUGUAUGAAGGAGAGGAGGCAGCUUGGGAACAGGACCGGGGUUUGUAUUCAACUGUGAUGUUUACUCGAAAAGCCAUCAGCAUCUUAGCUCAGCACAAUCCUCGCUCACACCCCAUGUUUCUGUACUUAGCUUACCAGGCCGUACAUUCUCCGCUGCAGGUUCCUGCCCGCUACCUCGAGCGCUACAAAGGCAUUCCCAAUCUGAGCCGCCGCAAAUAUGCUGCCAUGGUUUCCUGCCUGGAUGAAGCUAUCCAUAAUCUAACCUUGGCUCUCAAACGCUACGGCUACUAUGACAACACUGUUAUUGUGUACUCCUCUGAUAAUGGAGGUCAGCCUAUAGCUGGUGGAAGCAACUGGCCCUUGAGAGGGAGCAAGGCCACUUACUGGGAAGGGGGCAUUAGGGCGGUGGGCUUUGUCCAUAGCCCCCUUCUCAUGAAGAAAGGGACAAAAUGUAGAUCUUUGAUCCACAUCACUGAUUGGUUUCCCACACUUGUAACGCUGGGCGAAGGAACCCUAGAUGAAGAUCUAAAUCUGGAUGGUUACGAUGUUUGGGAGGCUAUCAGUGAAGGCCGUCCCUCGCCUCGCCUCGACAUUCUGCAUAAUAUUGAUCCAAUUUACAUCAAGGCGAAGAAUGGUUCUUGGAAAGCUGGCUAUGGUUUGUGGAACACCGCUGUGCAGGCUGCUCUCCGGGUGGGCCACUGGAAACUGCUCACAGGUGUUCCAGGCUACAGCGACUGGGUACCCCCACAGACGUUCUCUAACCAACGGCUAACCAAUCGCUUGCACAAUGAACGAGUCCGAUGGGAUCGGGGUAAGUCUGUCUGGCUAUUCAAUAUCACAGCUGACCCCUAUGAGAGAGUGGACUUGUCUCAACGUUACCCUCACAUCGUCAAGAAGAUGCUGAUGAGGCUCGUUCAGUACAACAGGACUGCUGUGCCAGUACGCUACCCGGCCACAGACUUGCAUUCUAACCCUCAGUACAAUGGUGGUGUGUGGGGACCCUGGUACAAGGACGAGAGGAAGGAACUAGAAGAGGAGGAAAGAUACAAUAUUUUGUUUACAAACCAUCUUGGUAAAAGACGAUGGAAAAACAAAUCCAAAAAAUGAAAAUGAUGAAAGCAAUUUAUUGCAUUUGUUAUGAAAACCUUUUGUUUUCUCAGGGAUCAUGUUUUCCAGUUUCAGACAUUCUUGUUCUUAACUGAACUCCAGAUCUUACUGUUUGAAGAAAUACAGAUUAACUUUAGACCUCUGGUUUCAGCAGUUCCAUUAAACCUAAGCAACUAAAGUAAAAACAUCAUUACUGAGGUGCAGUUCACCCUUGUCUGGAUAAAUUUUAGUUAAAAAAUAACUAUAACUGCUUUUUGCUUAAUAUUUCUGUUCAAUUCUAUUGUUUUUUUAUAAAGUAACAAUUUCCAACUAAAGUUGCCUGAAGGCGUUACACAGAAAAGGCAUUAAAAACAUAAAAGCAUGGCAAAAACUAGAAACAGUUACUGAUAUUUAUUCACUUUAGCUUUCAUCAUUCCAAUAGGCCAUAGUUUUACACUGCAUUUUAAUAAAUAACUAGAAUUUAAAAACAAAAGAUUACAUGAUAUAAUUUCAGAAUAUUCCUCACCCAGGCAUGAAAUCAUGCAUAGGUCUUGGUUGGAAUCCCGUCUAGGACCUUUGUGUUUGGAGUUUGCACAUGGCACACGGUUUCUACGGCUCUCCGGCUUCCUUCCUCUUUGAAACCCUGUCCAGAGUGUACCCUGCUUCACCAAACUGACUUUUGCGACCCUGUGACCUCGAAAGGGAUGCAGUGUUCGAGGUCACAGGGUCGCCAGAUGGAUGGAUAGAUAUAUGGAUAUAAUUGUUGCCAGAAUCUUUUGUUAAGGGGCUCAAACAUGAAAAGGAUGCACAAAAACACUGGAACAUCUUUUUUAAAAAGGGCUAUAAUGAUUGAUCGACUUAAUCCAGGCAUAUCCAAAGUGUGGUCUAAAUGCUGACCCUGUUCAAAUUUCCACAGUCUCCUGUCAUAAACAUUUAAACCCUCUCCCCCCGAGCACUUUCUAAGAAUAGUGUGUGGGAUUAAUUGAUUGUGAUUGGCUAAGUUACAUUUUAAUCAUUACAUUUAGCAGCUGUAAACCUAUGGCAACAACCUUUGGCUGCUUGACCUGCAGAACCAACGCGGCCAAGAACAACAGAUUAAUUUGUUUCUGUAAUAAAAUCCCCAGUGGUUUGUAGCUCCUACCAGUGUGUGAAUAUGUGUGCAUGGGUGAAUGGGACCGUGACUGGAAAGUGCUGUGGGCUUUCUAAGAAUGUACUAAAGCGCUAUAUAUGUCAUUUACCAUUUGCACUUCUGAAUAAGAUAACUAUUUGUCAUUUUCCUGUUCACCUGAUUUGAUUUUGAGGUUGACAGUGACAAAUGUAAUAAUUAAUGUUGACAAAAGUAUUUCUUCAAAGACAGACCAUUUUUUUCCUUUGAUUUCUACACCCCAAACAUGAAAUUCACAGGAAUUUUGGUACAAAUGUAUUUAGAAGUAUUUCUGUUGUAUUUGAAGAACAAAGGCAUCCCAUUGCAAAAACAUUUUGAUUUAAUAGUUUAUUUGCAUUUAAUGUAAUAAGAGUUUAAAGAAUGCAUUGACCCUCACACAUCUUCCCCUCACCAUAUCUGACCCUCUUGUUUGGACAGUUUGGACACUCCUGAUGUAACUGAUUUGUAUUCCUACUAUCCAACCACAUCGAUCAGUCUGAGGCAAGCUCAGAUAAUCAAAUCGACCUAUGAAAUUGUUUCAAAAUAAGAUAAAUCAAUUAUAUAAAUAUUGGAAAAAUACCGUUUGGGUCGAGGCAUGGUAGGUUUAUAUAACGUAAAAAAGACCACGUACUUUCACAGUGAACAACACAUGUGAUGCAGCAGAAACUGAUCAACCAUCAUUCCAGUCCAGUAUGUGGAAACACUUUGAAUUUACAGUCAUGUGACCAUACAGAGUGGUAGAAUGUUCUAAUAUUGUUCUCUUUGGAUU